GCCGGGGAGGAUGCUGAGGCGGUCGCUGCAGCUGCGGCGGCGGCCCAGGCGGGAGGGCGGGGGGCCGCCGACACAGCGCUAGGCCGGGCCGGGCUGGGCAAGGCGCCGUGUAGCGCCGGAGAGGGGCCUGGAGAGGAGCUGCGGCAGCCGCGCCAUGCCGGGCCCCCCAGCAGCAGCGCCCCCCGGGCCGGACCCGGAGGAGCGGUACGAUUUCCUCUUCAAGCUGGUGCUGGUCGGCGACGCCAGCGUGGGCAAGACGUGCCUGGUGCAGCGAUUCAAGACCGGGGCCUUCGCCGAACGUCAGGGCAACACCAUCGGCGUUGACUUCACCAUGAAGAGCUUGGAGAUCCAGGGCAAGCGGGUCAAGUUGCAGAUCUGGGAUACGGCUGGCCAGGAAAGGUUUAGGACCAUCACCCAGAGUUAUUACCGAAGCGCCAAUGGAGCUAUCCUAGCCUAUGACAUCAGCAAAAGGGGUUCUUUCCAGUCUAUUCCUCGCUGGAUCGAGGAUGUGAGAAAGUACGCUGGCUCCAAUAUAGUUCAGUUGCUAAUUGGAAACAAGUCUGACCUAAGUGACCUUCGGGAAGUUCAGCUAGAGGAAGCUCAGAGUCUGGCUGAACACUAUGAUAUCAUCUGUGCCAUAGAGACUUCUGCGAAGGACUCCAGCAAUGUGGAGGAAGCGUUUGUGAAGAUGGCAACGGAGCUCAUGAUGAGGCACGGAGGCCCCAUGUUCAGUGAACAAAACACAGACAACAUCAAACUUGACAGCAAGGACAUAGUAGAAGGAUGGGGGUGUGGCUGCUGAUACAGCUUAAGAUUGCCCUCAUUUUUUUACUGGAAUUUAGAGGAUACCCUUCUUUCACACACACAUGCUCCCUUCCAUACUGCAUAAUGCAACAGCAGUAUCCUCUUCUGCAGGCGCAGUGUUUUUGUAGGUUAGACAAUAACAUAUAAGGAUGUUUCUUAAAUUGAAAGGACUUUGUUGUAUAGACCUGAAAAUCAACCCUCCAUGACCAUUACCGUCUAUCACCAGAGUCUUUUCAGAGGAAUGUGAGCAAUUUGAAAGUAACUUGCAUAGAGGGAAGCAGGUGGGAUUUAUUUGUAUGAAAAUGUCUGAACAACAAAUUGCUGUCUUGCCAUAGCUGAAGUUGUACCAUCGUCUCGUUGUCUUUUCAGUGAUGAUACCACUUCUGUUUUUAGGCUUGUGAGAGUUACCGCUGCCUCUUUAAAUUCUCAACAUUCCACCAAGAAUCAGAAACUGCACAGGGUCACAGAGUUUCUCUGCACAGAUGUUUCAAGUAUCAAAUACUUGAAUGUUUUUAAUACAGGUCAAAGCAGCUGACAUUUGCCAGCAAUGAGGAACCCCCACAGAAAUUAUAUUUUCCUAGACAUUAAAGUGCUACAUUUGGGGUAGGGUUACUUAAUACAGCUGGAGAACAAUCACCUGGACAUAUUUUUUCCUAAUGUUUUUCAAAUGAAGAGGGAACUCAUGGGUGACUAAUCCAUUUUAUUGCCACCUCUGUACAUUGGAUCCUAAAUGCACUUUAUUGCAUCUAAGUCCCUUUGAUCUCAGUAAUACAAUCUUGGGAUAAAAUUCACUGGGCUCUCUUCCCAGUAAAUAAAUUUUAGGCUUUUAAAUUUGUUCAUCAUUGCUUGUUCAAUUCUUCUUGACAUUAGUGAUGUAAACUUUAAUUCCCAGUUCAACAUUCACAUCCAGCAUUAUGAGAAAGGAGAUGUCUUGGAUAACUUUUUUAAGCCAUCUGCAACUUUAUUUGCUGUAAUACAUCUCACCAGUUCCUUGGCUACUUGUGGUUUCACACACUGAGUAUGAAUGUUGCUGCUUGACUGUUUUCUGCAUGGGAUGUCAUCCUUACUAGAGCUUCUUCCUGUAACUUUACCUGUGCAUCGCUCUUGGGAAAGAAACUGCCAGUAGACAGCGGGGUGAAGUCGGGGUCUUCAGAUAAUUUUGAUCAUCGAACAAUCAUCUAUCAUUUGGUCUCUGCUGAGCAGUUUUGUUUAGAAGUUGCUGUUUCAUAAUUAUGUAGAAAUAGCUGCAUAGUUAGGUGUGGGCAAUGCUACUAACUUUUCCUGAAGUAACCUACCUAUAAAUCGUAUAGUAGUUGCCUGCUUCAGAAAUUGGCUUGUGAGUUCUUCACAUUUUGUGGUUUGGGAAAGGACAAUCUUAUUUAGAUCCCUCCCUUCAUUUUCAUAAUCCCGCUCAAAUCAAUGGCACUUACCCCUUAGGAAAGUGUUCUUAAGAUUGCACUGCCAGUCUGUGCAGGAAAAGCCCUUACUGGUGAUAAGAAGUCUACAGUUUGUUCAUCAGACCAAGGGAGCUCAGUUUGAUCAAGGAGCCUUAAUCCAACAGAAGAGCAGUUUAUGCUGGAGGAAGCCUUCAAACUGGGUAGAAUGGGAGGAUAAGGGUAGGAUCUACCUGGCUAUUUCUGCUCAGCAUAUUUAACUUGAAUAAUCUUGGUAGAUGCUUGAGGUUAAAUUUAUGUCUGUAACUUUAAAAGUGCAGGUGUUGCCCACAGUUUCUGUUUUGAAGCAUCUGAAAACUAGAAAAAGAAGACAAUUAGCCCCAUCCAGGUGGCCAGCCAUGGCUGUGUUUCCCCACUGCUCACACAGAGACUUCCCCAUGGUGUGGGGAGGCUUGCAAAAUGAAAAAGCCUCUCCACUGCAGAGAAGUCUCCAUGGGGCUCAGUAGACUUAUUCCACUUUUUCAGCGGCUUAAGUCUAAAGUAUUGGCCACUGGCAUAAGGUGACAAAUGGCUGGGAAGAAGCCAACUAACAUUGGCUCCUCCCCUGACCCCGCCCCGGCCUGCUACACUAGUGGAAGGGUGCUGGGAUACUGGUGCCACAUCCAGUGCUGUGUCCUAGUACUGGAGAGGGCCAGGGCAGCUGCACGCUGGAGGAUUCACUCCUCCACUGGGGCAAGGCGGGCAAAUCUGCCAGUGUGGCCAUCCACCGCUCUUAUGGGUGGAUUCAGCCCUCCCACCCUUUGGAUGGGGCUGAAAAGUGUGACAAUUUUAAGCCAGGAUUUCUGUGCUUAGCUGAUGAUACCUUGAAAUAGCCUUUCCUAACAUGCUGAAUGCCAUCUGAAAAAUAGGACUCCUGCAUCUGGACUCCCAAAAGUUACUGCUCAGGUUAUGAAAGUAACAUGUCUAUCUUGCAAUAUCACACCAGUCCUAUUUAUAAUUUUUUUUUGGCUUACACUUUUUAUUUUAAAAUAAAGGCUUUAAUUUCAGGGUUUAUAAAGGCAAAAUGUAUAAGGGGACUUAAUUUCAAGAUAGGGUUAUCUUUACAACCGUGUUAUACAUGGAAAUGCAGGGGAAGGUGUGAUUGGGAGAUUUUGUUUCUAAGCAGCGCUUUGUAUGCUCCGAUCUGGACAGCCCAGUCUAGCCUGAUCUCGCCAGAUCUCAGAAGUUAAGCAGGGCCAGCCCUUGUAAGAAUUUGGAUGGGAGAUGUCCAAUGAAUGCCAGGAUCAUGACAUGGAGCCAGGCUAUGGCAAGCCCCCUCCAAAUGUCUCCUGCCUUGAAAAUCCUAUGGGUUGCCAUAAGUCAAUUGUGAUUUGAUGGCAGGCACGCACGCACGCACGCACGCACGCACGCACACACACACACACACACAGCACUUUGAGCCUCACUUCUUCUGGGUCUUCUGUAGCCAAAACACUGACUGACGGCCAGUAACUCAUCACUGCAUGUGGAGUGAUAGAGAGCUUCAGUGUUUCCCUUGGCUGAAUAUUUCCAUUAAACAGAAAUGUUUGGACUGCAAAGGCACUGCCAUUUCAAAGCAGUGGAAGGUGCUGAACAGUAGUGCUUCCUGGUCUGCCCAUAGGUCAGAUCCUGAGCUGAUUUGCCUGUGCAGGAAAUUUCCACAUUAGAGCCACUCUUUGUUCAGAGCUGUAGGCUGUAAGGGUCUCCUUCUGUUAUCUCUCGGUAGAACAGAUGCCAUUAUCUGUUUAGAGUCAUUUUGAUUCUGACAACUGGUGCACCUUUUAGAAAAUUAUUUUGUCAGUUCCUAUAUUUUGGGAUAAUAUUUUUGAUUGUGCUAUUUAUUUAGGAUUUCCACUGUUUAUGUAAGCAGGAUUUCUGCUUGCAGGACUGCGGUUGCGAGCAAUUCAAAAACAAACCCCAGGAACCGCAUUAUAUUUUUUCUGGAGUUAACUCUUUGCUCUAAAAUCAUGCAUAUUUCAAAAUGAGCCUGUUCAAGCUGAAUAAACUGCUGCAGUUUGUAUUGUGAUGUGGACUGGUUAGGAAUGAGCAGUUCACCCUCAGAGUUUUAUCCAAGUUCUGUUUCCAUUCAAGUCCUUGGAGCCCUUGCUGUACAGGGCUGAGUUUCACUUCAAGGGUUCAAAUUUUCUCCAAGCUGUUUUGAGAAGAUCAUGUGAGGGCUUGUGGGACAUUGUUAAGAAAGUGAAGCCUAGCUUUUGUGACACCUGCUGCUAACAUAAACAGAUUUGAGAUCAGAUUAUCAGAGAGCAAUGCCAACUUAUUUUGCUUUCCCAUUUUGACCUAUCUAGUGGCACCUUUGAAAGUGGAUGUCUGGUUCAAAGACAUGAAUUGUGAACAUAGACCAAGAAAAAUGGCAGCUGUCGAAGCGAUCAGUGUUGGUGUGACACUUUGCUUUUAAGCAUUUUAGAAAAACUGAUAAUGAUAAGGAGUGUUUCCAGUGAGGAAAGUAUAUCUGUGCGCUUGGGUGGAGCAGAGGUUCCUUUCCAAGAGCACUGUGAUCUGGACUUCAGCCUGAUGCCCCGCAAGGUUAUGGUGGAGAUAGUAAUAAUGGACACAUGCGGGCUGGUGACUGUGACAGGGCUUAUCAUGCACCAGGGUGGGAGGGAAGGCCUAGAUACCCUGUUUCCCCGAAAGUAAGACAUCGCCUGAAAAUAAGACGUAGUAGAGGUUUUGCUGAAGUGCUAAAUAUAAAGCAUCCCCCGAAAGUAAAACAUAGCAAAGUUUUUGUUUGGAAGCAUGCCUGUCGACCAGAACAUGCAGCUCAGAAAUGUAGGAAUGCUUCUUAUAACGCAAGAGGGAGUUCAUCUCUCAAAUGGUCAUUUCCACUGGAGGUCUAAAAAUAAGUUUGCAGAUUCAGGGGCUGGAAAACACAGAUUUAUUUGUAGCAAAGCAAUCACAUUCAGCAUCCCUUUCCCCUUCGUCACCUCAGGACUGCUUCAUGCAAGCCUUUGAUAUUGCAGUGAUGUGAUACUUAUUGCUAAUUGACAGUUGAAAUGGUGGCAGGGUAACUAGUGAGUUGCUUUGUUCCAUAGUCAGAUCAUCAGUUAACUUAUAGAAGCUGCCACGUGUAGAUGAUCUGUAGAGUCUGCUUAGUCUAGUGUAGUUACUAAAAUACAUUGAGGCCUCAAUCCUAUGCACAAUUAUCUGUAAGUCCUACUGAGCUUUGGGGUGUUGCUUCUGAGUAGACCCGGUUAGGGUUGCUCCGAGAAUUCCCAUAGAAUUCCAUUGCCUGUAUGUAGCUUUUUUCACAGUACUAUUAACAGUACAGUUCAUUUGACAUAAGAAUAGAUCAGAUUUUAAAUUAGAAUUCAACACAUUUAUAUGCCCUGUAAAAAUACCAAAGACAUACAAAGUGGAAGAGGAGGAUUGAUUCAUCUGAAUUUUCAAGUACAGAACUUGGGCUCAAUAGGAACAGUUUCAGAUAUACCAGUUACAGCACUAGAUUUUUAUGCUGAUAUUGGAUGAUGAAUUGUAUGAAAAACCAUCCUCAGACUUGAGGCUGCUUCAAACAUGCCAGACUUCAUUUACAAGAAGCACAUUUUGUGGUUUAUAUUAUGUGCAAGAAGCCUUAUGUAUUGCACAGAACUUUGACCAUUUGAACACAACUCCAAAAUAGAUUGCAUCGUGUUUUACCUUUAAAAUUGUGUUUUUUGUACCAGAGUGUGUUUUUAAAAACAAAGUUUAAAAAUUCUCUUAAGAUUAGAUCUUGUUUGUGCCCAAAUUAACUUGGUUGUCUUGUUGUGUACGUGUGCAGUGAUGCACAUCAAGUGAGUGAUUUGGUAGCAUGUGACUGGAGUUUGUGGCAUAAGCAUUAGCAAACUGUUUAUUAGUAGUUGAACAUUAACUAGACUUUCAGAAGGACUGCUGAGAGUUUUAGACUGAGUUCUGUUCAUAGCUCAGCCUUCAAACAAUGUCUUGUGUAGCAAUUGUGUGUGUUUCAGAAUUUUCAGUGCAAGGCUAUAUAUUAUAGAAAAUGUAAAAAACUGAUUUGGUUUUUUUACUGGCAAGAUAAAAUCUCAUUCUUGUGAUAAAGCAAAAAAAAAUACAACCUCUGGAAAUUAUGGAUUUUUUAGGUGUUAUGUGGAGAGUAAUCAGCCACAUAAAUACUACUUUUCAAAUAGUAGUUUUUUGGGUCUUGGGGUGGGGGGUGUUGUUUUACAAUAGCCAGCCUAAGAACCUGUUGGCAAAGUUCAUUCUAAUACAUAGUCUAUGCAAAUAUUUGUUAGUGCUAAAUUUUUAUUCAGCAUAGUGCCUUCAAAGGAAUAACAAAAAAUGGUAGUACUGGAAACAUGUAGGCAUGGGCACCUACUUAUGGUGCUCCUGAUUUUAACAGCGAACUAGGUUGGAUGUUUGUAGAAACAAACAUUGACACAAUGUUGCAAUUUUUCUGAGUCAGGGGAAGUCCUGGAAGUUCUUGCUCCUCCUAAAGGGAGACUUAGCCUUGGCUUCCAUCUCACCCAGCCUUUUUUUUUUUUUUUACAAUCAGCAAAGCCAUCCUAAUGUAUCACCUUUGCUAUAAAUGUUGGGUGUUGUGGCAUGUCUCUCUGCUGCUAUUCUGGUGGCUUUGGAAACUAGACAGUGCAGGAGAAGGACAAGCUUCCUCUCUCCUUCCUGUUUGUGUCUGCUUGCCUUUCCUUCUCCACCCAGUCUUUUCUGGGUCUAUGAAGGGCUUCUGUUUCUGGUGGCAGCAUCAGAACACGUUCCCUUGGUUGUUGCAGUUUCUGAGUUGUUCAGAUGGCCAGAAGGUUUUUUUGGGGGGGUGGGGGGGUUGUACAAUAGCCUAUGAACAUGUUGAAGAAAAUCUGUAAAGUGAAGAACAGAUAAAAGAAAGGAAAUGACGCCAAAUAUGAAUGGGGUUGAGUAGAUGGUAACAUACUUGGACAUAAAUUGUUGGGAAAUCAGGGGGCUACUUACUCACACAUAUUUAAGACUGUGGAGUAAUCACCUCACUGCACUUCAACCCUAGAUUCUUCUAAUUUGUACAGCUAGUAAGGACUCUUACAGGGGAUAGUACAUUUUGAGACAAUCUGGAAGGCUUAGAUAUGGUCUCUGAAAAUAUCUGCACUGUUAUUUUAGCUUCUCUAAUUUGUAGGUCAAGAAAUACACUGCAUGAAUGGUUCACAUGCAUGCUUCUGUAUUGUUACUACACAGAAGCAUCUUACUGAGGUACAAAUAACAUUUUGACAUGGGGCAUUUUAAGUAAAACGGUAUGUUUUUCCCUCUGAGACAACACCUCUCACCUUUCCUUUUGCAACAGAGGAAAACUCCACUGGCUCUUUUGUUAAGUUUUCAUUCUUGGUGGACAGUUAACAAACAACACUCCCUAAAUGAGCCUAUGCAGCCCCAAUCCCUUGAGAGAGGUCUGCUUUCAGCAGCAAUCAUGUGUGCAUUACCUGGUUUAGUGAAUCAGGAACGAUAUGGAUAGAUCAGUGCUCCAUGGCAUCUGCAUUGUGAAGAAUAUCCUCCAAUGCUAGUCCCUAUUCUGCUACAAUGCCAAUAGGAAUAUGGAUCUCUGCUGUCUCAGGCAAAGGUGCAUGUUUCUGUUUCUAGAUCAGGUUGUUGGAAUAUUGCUGUGUGAGUUGUGCAUUUGAAGUCCUUAAAACAACCAUGUGAAAUGCUGUAGUUAAAAAAAUGGAGAAACACUGAAAAACUUCAGUAUCAAAAUUCAGGACAAAGUGGCUCCCCUGAGCUGCUUCACACACUAAAGAAGAUAUCUUUAUGUCAAAAAGCUGUAUCUUGAAAAAGAAAGGCAGAAGUGAAACAGAUGUGAACUUCCAGUUGUGCGACAAGCACAACAAUAAUCUAAAAAUAGAGGCUCCAGUCCAAAGAAAGCUAGUAAUGCCUAAGGCAGCAGUACAGUUAAGUGUCUGCCCCAGUGAAAUCAGUGGUGCUUCCAAAAGCUAUUCAUUUAGAAUUGUGCUUCAAGCUAGAAUGAAAUCAUUGGGACAAAGUUAUCCGUAGCAGUAAUGGGCAAACUCCCUGUGGCUCAGAUCAUAACCAAAUCACCAGAUGACAUGCAGAAUUUGUGAACAUUCAACAAAGAUGGUUUUCUGUUAAGAGGUUUAAAUUUGCUUUGUUGUUUUGCAUGUCCUACUUUUUACACUGCUACCUGGGAAUUGGUAGUGUAGAUGCAAGACAAGCUUAAGAGUCUUGCCUAGGCAAAUAUGUGAUGUACCUUUCCUCCUCCCUGUGUACAUCACAACAGCUUACCCAUGUUACCAGCAUUGUGGUGGUGGCCAAAGAGGCGGUGGCAGCAGCAGCUUUUGUGGUGGUUUAAUUAAAUUUCCAAACUGUUCACGCUAGUUAUAGUAUGAUCAAUUAUGGGUUUAUAGCAAUCAACUUCUGAGCAUGUACCAAGAGUGGUUACCGGUUCAAUACAUCUUUUUUUAUUUUUAAUGAAGUAAUUCGUUCAGGGCGGAAGGGCUUGCCUUGAGAUAAAGUAUCAGACGGGGUAGUUUUUAAUGUUAUUUUCACAACUUUGUGAUAUUACUAGUGACAGCCCCCUUAUGUUCCAGAGAUCAUAGCAGACAUUGCGUGUGACUUGCUUUUAGGUGGGUUACAUAAGUGUAUGGACAGUUACUUAUAAUUCAAAUAGCCUCCCUAGUUCAACUUAUGUUCAAUGGCUUAAUUGUAUGUGAUGCUCUAUUGCAUAGUAAGUUCAUUCUCUGCUUGGCUGAUUGACCAUUGUCCACUCCCUAUCUCCCCUCUUUCCACCCAUAAACCUGUAUAGUGAUGCAAUCCAUUCCUUUCUGUAAAAAAUGGCUUCCUUUGGCCUUCAAGACAUAGCCUGAACGUAUAAUUUGUAGAAAAGCUCAACCGUGUUAGAGACUGCAGUGGCGUGGAUUCAGUUCUGUGUUUGCAGGUACAGGCUGGGAUCUAGUAGAACUAAUGUCUUAACAUUAUUUUUGAAAGAGGAAGUUACUUUUAAAGAAAUCAGUAGUGCUGAAUACUGGUUCAGUCUUUGGAGGUUCCUCAUAUGCUGUGCUGUCAGUGGCUUUACCUGCUCUGCAAUAGUGCCUCGCUUCUGAAAAUGGGUGGGUAGAAAAUCUUGUGUCCCAGGGACAUACAGUUUCCACUAGCUGUAACGAAAAGGCCUGGCUCUAAUUCAUAUUGAAUUCACUCACUUCAUUCCAAAAGGACUUCAGGCUUUGAAGAACUCCAGUGUUACUGAAGUGUUAUGCAUUUUCUAGAACUGUUUUAUUGCUUCUAAUAAUCAAGGCUUCCGGGAACAGUCACAGAGCCCAUCUUACUGAUCACUGGCCACAUCUUGUUUUUCUAAGCCAAGUGUUUUCCAGAGGAGGGGGAAUGCAAGAUGACAAGGGAACAAAGCUUGCAUACAAUAGUCAAUUUUGAUAUUUUACUGUUGCCUAUUUAUGAAUUUAUAUAAAAAUAUUUUUAAAAACUAUGAAAUGUACUUUUUGUAAAUUUUAGCAAUGUCUGUAGCAAAUACAGUGUACUGUGCAUAAUUAAAAUUAAAAGGGGCAUUUGACUACUA